AUGAAGGACGCUACCGGCACCGAAGAUCCUCUUAGCUGGAGGAGGCACCAGCCUGCUCGACCUGCAGGCCCUCCCCAGCUUGUCUCGAUGCCCAAGGCCGAGGCCAAGGCCAUCCCGCGCACCCGGAUCGAGCCCGCCUGGAAGGCCAAGGACAACUGGCGCACCCACGCAGCACCUCUGUCGCAACAGGAGCAGCACCAGCACCAGCAACAGUCUCAACAACAACACCAGCCUCACCAUCAGCAGCAGCAGCACACUAACCAGCACCAGGUGCACUUCAGCCAUGAUGCGCGCGACGCUCCCGCAGCUGCAACGUCGGCGUCCCGCCUCAGCACCAGUCUAGGAAGCACCGGCAGCACCCACCUUGCGGUCCCUUCGGCUGCCAGUGCUCGCGCGACGAACAACUCCAACCCAUGGGCCAACGGAGUUGGGGUGAUUGGCUCCGGAAGGCCAAACUCCUCGCUCAAGCCCAGCAGCAUCGCUAGCAACGGCGCGGGAAGGACGGCCGAUCUGGGCACCUCGCCGCCGCAAUACAGCCGCAGCCCUCCCAUGCACUCCGACAAGUGGUCCUUGACCCAGCCGACGCCCGGUCCAGCGACAAAGCUACGUGCGCUCCAGAUUGGCGGCGGUAUCGGCGGCCGUCUCCAGCCGCUGGACGGCCAACGCGUCCACCCGACACCAGUCAACCGGGCCCUCACGGAAAAGGAGCGCAACGAGAACUGGAUGCUCACCCCGACCAGCUCUCUGCCGAGCCUGCCAGGGACGCCGAGCAAGCCCCGUGACUCGAGCAUCGACAGCGCCAGCAACGUCGCCCAGGCUAACGCCGAGAGGACGCAGGCGGUCGACGCCAAUGCCCUCCAUCGGCGUCGCGAGCACGAGUCUCGAGUCUAUGGAUCGAACGCUCAAACCACUUCGCGCGUCGGAGGACUUUCGAGUGCCUUUUCGGCCUCGCAGCAGCAGUCACUGCCUCGGACGCCCGUCGUCAAUUCGGCAUCGACGUUCGCGUCGGGCGCCUCUCCGGCGACUUCUGGCUCGCUGUUGAGUAGAGGCCUCGGUGGUCCGAUCCACUCUUCGCCCAAGCGGUCGCCGCUGGUCGUGUCGGGCCGUUCUGGCGCGCGUGGGAAUGUCUACGCCGCUCCUGGCCAUGCCUACGGACCUGGCGCUGGACAGCCCGCGGCAGCGACCUCGGCUUGGAGCCCGGGAGCCUCGCCCAAACUCCUUGACCGGACCCUGGCGCCCAUCGCCCGGCUCCCAAUCAUCGAGACCGCCUCGCAGCAGGCGUACAACGACUCUCCUAGCCACCAUGUCUCGACCUCAGUGGCGGGGCUGUCUUCGCUGCGCUCUCCUGGCGCCCUCACGAGGCGGGAUUCGGUCGCCUCUGCCGCAUCCUCGGUACAGGGCGGCUAUAGCCUCUCUCGGUCCCGACGCAGCUCGCAGGUGAUCUCGCCCACUUCGCCGCCCGGGACCUCGAAGCGUGUUGGUGUCUACCGACCGCCUCACCUCCGCAACCGAGGCAGCGUCUCUGGCCUCCGACCCAGCGUGGCCCACUACGAUCGAGUUAGGACCCCGAACCUGCGCGGCCACAGCCGCUCGCGCGAGUCGUCUGUCUCGCUGAGUCGUGGCGGCAGCAGGCCUCCAUCAUCGCUGGCCUUCUACCGCGCCGACACAAUCCCGGAGCAUGGUACUCCCGAUCCCAGCCGCUUCCCGCAUCAUCGCGAGAGGCUGCAGAGCAUGACGUCGGUUGCUGGGUCGAUCAGAGAACGAGAGGACAGCCUUGGCUCCGAGGAUAGGCGAUCAUACCUCGCACACGGCGAGCGGUUCGUGGCUCCGGAUGCCAGGACCAACGAUCCAAGCGACGACCCAGUUCAGGCUGCCAAACUGGCCUUGGACGGUGCAUCUCUGGUGGCAAAGCUCGAGGAACAAUCGAGGAUUGACGACGAGCGCAUCCGGCUCAGCCGCCGGAACCGCUUCGAUCGCUCGAGCGACGAUGUCUUUGCCGAGACGCGUUCGCGCCUUGACAACAGGCCAUUCAAUGACCUUGACGGCGACAAGAGCGGUGCGAACGACGACAGUCACGGCAAGCGCCAACAUGGCGAUGACAUCGAUGCCAUCGACGAUGACAACGAUGUUGAUGAGGACGACGACAACGCCAGCCAGGAAUUCUUUGACCUCUCGGCGGACGAUUUGAUGCACUACGGCGCCUCGGACGGCUAUCCUCUCAGCCGCAACGGAAGCGCAAUCGAAGGGCGUCCGCCGGGCGACAUCUUCGAGGUCGGCGACCGACUCGGGCCCGGUCUCGAGCACGAGGGUCAGAUGAUCCGGAUCGCCGAAACGACCCCGGGCUUUGUCGAUCAGAAUGGCGAUCUGACCGGCAGCCAGCUCGAGGUGGUCAGGAAGCUCGGAGAAGGCAGCUACGCCGUAGUCUACUUGGUCCGCGAGGUGAUGCCCGAAGACCCCCAGCUGACCGAUGCGGACGGGGCGUUCUCCAUCGCCGACGACGAGGAUGCCGAGAUGCAGCCCGCCGCUGCCCGAGCCGCCUUCAUCACCGGGUCGAGACAGGGGCGUCGGUCGGGCUCGAUGCCGCAGUCGCCUGACCCGCAUCCGUCGUAUGCGGCUGCCAGGGCGCUGAUCCACAACGAAGACGAGGCCGAUGAAACCAUGAGGGGCCAGGACUCCGAGGACCUUCUCAGCUCCACGCUCAAGGCACACGUCGACGCUGGCGACACGACGAUGUCGUACCACUCACCAUCACUCGAGCAGCGCCGACGCAAGGACCUGCAGGACGAGCAACAUCAAAUGCAGCAGCAGCAGCAGCAGCAGCAGCCUCGCACCACUCCUUUCACGCCGCGCGAGUUCGCCCUCAAGUGCCUCUGCAAACGCGAUCUGCCAGAGGACAUGCUCGAGAUCCAGCGCCUCGAGGCGACCAUUCAUCAGUCGAUCCCCGCGCAUCCCAACAUCGUGACCCUCUACCGCACCUACGAGACGCAAGACUGGCUCUUCCUGAUCCUCGAGUACUGCCCGGGUCAGGAUCUCUACUACUGGCUCGAGCAGGCGCAGGACACGGACGCUGCCGUUGCCGCAGAUGGGCCCGGCAGGGUCAACGGCGAGGACGACGCGUCGGCCCGACGCUACCAACGCGACAGCGUAUCGCCUCGGCCGGGCGCUGACGGUGACGACAUGAGCGUGGGCGAGUUGGGCACUUCGCUCGACGCGACACCGCCUUCGCCAUCGCUGCUGGCGUCGACAGCUGGCAGUACGCUGCUGUCGCGUCGGCGUGUGCGCCUGAUCUCGCGCAUGUUCCGACAGAUCUGCGAUGCCGUCCAAUUCUGCCACGACCGCGGCAUCAGCCACCGCGACAUCAAGCCGGAGAAUUUCAUCGUCGAGGACCGCCGGUACACGGAAGAGGCUGCGGCUGCCUCUCCGUUUGCGCCGGACCAGAGCGUCAGCACAGUGGCCGACAGCAUGAGAGACACGGAGGCUCGCGUAAUCGUCAAAAUGACCGACUUUGGUCUCGCGACUGCCGACGAGCGCUGCGACGACUUCGACUGCGGCAGCAAGCCCUACAUGGCCUUCGAAUGCCACAACAACGUCUCGUGCGACUACGAUCCCAAGCAGGCCGACGUGUGGUCGCUCGGCGUCGUCCUGCUCAACCUGCUCUUCCACCGCAACCCCUUCACGGAGCCCUCAUCCGACUGCCCGUCGUUUUCCGCCUACUGCUACGACCCGGUCGGCUUCCUGAUGGAUUCAUUCGACGGUCUGACUGAAAAGGUCGCCUGCUACCUCGCCGAGAACGUCUUUUGCUCCGUCGACGUCGAGACCGGCGCCAGGAAGCGCGUCUCUGCCGGCGAGCUGUCGCGCUGGGCUCUCGGACUCGUUGAGCACCUGGACCUCAACGGUCCUGGCCCUGGACGCAUCUCCCGCGGCGCCUCGAUGUACGCUACCACGCCGCUGAUCCACUCGAGGACCACGUCCAUCUCGACGCUGCCAUCAAUGCUCGGAUCGCCCAAGGGUCGCUCGCGGUCGAUCGCCCGGGAGGGCAGCAUCGACCUGCAGGGCCUCAACGACUUCAAUACGGACGGCCUCUACCGCUCAAGCUUCUUCGGCGGGCUGCGGGACAGCAUCUCGCCUGGGCCAGGUCUCUUUACCCCAGACGUCUUGCCGUCGCCUCGCUUCACCCCGUCGCCUCGGCCUGCCGAGCGCAACCCGUUCGACGCCCAGUAUGGCCGCGCGUCGCCGCUCCCGCCGGCGCAGAGCCCAGAGCAGCAGAGCGAGCCCGUCAAAGGGUCUGCCCUGCGUCAGGAGGUUGUGCUGGACCAGCACUCCUCUCCGCGGACGACGGUCGACUCCGACUACCAGGAACGUCUGGACCGCGACGAGGUCGACGCCAUGCUGCAGUGCGAGUCCAAAGCGCCCGGGACCUCGGCGGAAGAAGACCUUCGGCCGUCGUCGUCACAUCGCAAAAGCCUGGUGCUUGAUGCCGGCAGUCUGCCUGCCAUCAUCGAUGUCGAGGACGACGUUGAAGAGAUGUCUGACAAGCAUUCGGCAACAGCGGCUGAGGCUCCCGCGGAGAAGUCCGUUCCCGCAGAGCAGUCGGACGAUAUAUCCAACGACAACGGCAUCGGCAACAGCAGCGACCAUGAGACGGACCCGGACGGCGACGACGAGUCGGCUGCGGUCGCGCCCGGCGAGGCUGGCGAAGGAGAUUGCGGCGACGACCCGUCCGAGCCUUCGACCGAAGCGACAACUGCCAAGCCAGCAAGCAUCACAGCAUCGAAUCACUCAAAGCGCCGAAAGCGCGGGGCCAGAAAGGGAAGGACGCUGGCCAAGCAGCUCAAGCGGUCGCAGUCGGUCGAGAACCUCUCACGCGUGACCGACAUCGACGUCGAGGCGCAGGCCCGGGACGCCACGAUCCGCGAGCUGGCCCUUGCCUCGGAGACUCUGGCACGUCAGAUGAGCAAGAUGAGUGGCAAACAGGCCGAUGCCGAGGAUGCCCGGUCGGCCGCCGUUCCCAGCGUCAGCCUGUCGCCCCCAACCGCCGCUGCAGCGGCCAAGUUCAACCUGCAAGUCCUGUCUCCGGUGCAGCGAGCGGACCUCGGCGCCGCUGAUGCCGCAGCCAACACUGCGACCAGCCUGGUCAAUGGACGCGCUUCAACCGACCGUGCCAGCCUGGCCGAGACUGCCUCAACCGUCUCUUCCAAUUGGUCAUCGGCUGCUCAGCGACGCGAGCGGAUCAAUGAGCGCAAGGCCGGCGCCGCACCUACGCUACAGGACUCAGGGCGCUCGAAGCCCAUGUCGUGGCGAGAGAGGAACCCGUCUACGACGACAUUCUCUUCGCUGGCCUCCAACAGCACCGUGUCGAGCCGCAGCUCGGUCUCUUCGGAAUCCUCGAGCGUCUAUUCGACCGCGUCGGCGCCGGCGGCCCUCACGAAGCGCGACCCCUCGCUGCGGUCGCGGUCGCGAGCGAGUGGGCUGCUCAGCGUCACCGGUCUCGGCACCAUCUCGGAGCGCGAGAAGCCGCAGCGCAAGGAGGUCGACGCCAGCUAUCUCGCCGGCAUCUUCGGAGGCGACGAGGCGAGAGCGAUGGACAAGAAGCGCCGAGAGGCUCGGGAAAAGGCAAAGGCCGAGGCCGAGCGGGAGCGAGGCAAGGGCAAGCUCCUCGAGCUGCUCCAAGACACCAAGAGCAAGGACAGUGUGGGCGACAAGGACAAGGCGGCAAGGAAGGACACCGGCCUCAGCCGCCAGAGCACCCACGACAGCCAAGCCUCCGCAGCCGCAUCGCCUUCGCCGUCGACGUCGUUUGUCUCGCGCUUCCGGCGACCGGGCUCGUCUUCGUCGGCCAAGAGCAAGGAUUCGGCAUUCAAGGCCAUCGAUGCGUCGGGCGCCUCGAACGCGUCGUCAUCGCCGUCCAAGCCCGCCUCGAUGUCGCCCCCUGUUCCGGUUACCGGGAGCAUCGGAGGUGGUCUCGGCCUCCGGCGUGACGCCGCCACGAGCGCCAGCAGCCUGCAGACCGCGUUGGAGCCGCGUGAGGUCGGUGCAGGCGCGACCCGCUCGGCAUCGCUCCGAAGAUCUGGUGACAAGAAUCAGCUCAACGGCGACAGCAACGUGGCGCCCAUGAGCGAGGCGGCCCCGCAUCGCGGUGGGUCUUUACGCUCUCCCUCGCAGGCGUCGUUUGUCAGUCUUGCCGGCAAAUCGACAGCUUCACACCUGGCGCCGCUGUCGUCGCCCUCGGCAUCGUCAUCGCACGUUCCCGAGGCGGGUUGCAGCGAUGCCGCCGCUCCGACAACUGCCCCGGCCCCGGUGGCCAAGAAGAGGGGCAUGGGCAAGUUCUUUUCGGGCAUGCGUGACACGCUCAUGAAUCGUUGA